CUGGAGGCCUUCGGGCGGCUGUGGCAGGUACAGAGCCGCCUGGGUAGCGGCUCCUCGGCCUCAGUAUAUCGAGUGCGCUGCUGCGGCACCCCCGGCUCGCCCCCCGGCGCUCUCAAGCAGUUUUUGCCUCCAGGAACCACAGGGGCCGCGGCGUCGGCCGCGGAGUACGGUUUCCGCAAAGAGAGGGCGGCGCUGGAGCAGUUGCAGGGUCACCGGAACAUCGUGACUUUAUAUGGAGUCUUUACAAUCCACUUUUCUCCAAAUGUGCCAUCACGCUGUCUGUUGCUUGAACUCCUGGAUGUCAGUGUUUCGGAAUUGCUUUUAUAUUCCAGUCACCAGGGUUGCUCCAUGUGGAUGAUACAGCAUUGUGCCAGAGAUGUUCUGGAGGCCCUUGCUUUUCUUCAUCAUGAGGGUUAUGUCCAUGCAGACCUCAAACCACGUAACAUAUUGUGGAGUGCAGAGAAUGAAUGUUUUAAGCUUAUUGACUUUGGACUUAGCUUCAAAGAGGGCAAUCAGGAUGUAAAGUAUAUUCAGACAGACGGGUAUCGGGCUCCAGAAGCAGAAUUGCAAAAUUGCUUGGCCCAGGCUGGCCUUCAGAGUGAUACAGAAUGUACCUCAGCUGUUGAUCUGUGGAGCCUAGGAAUCAUUUUACUGGAAAUGUUCUCAGGAAUGAAACUGAAACAUACAGUCAGAUCUCAGGAAUGGAAGGCAAACAGUUCUGCUAUUAUUGAUCACAUAUUUGCCAGUAAAGCAGUGGUGAAUGCCGCAAUUCCAGCCUAUCACCUAAGAGACCUUAUCAAAAGCAUGCUUCAUGAUGAUCCAAGCAGAAGGAUUCCUGCUGAAAUGGCCCUGUGCAGCCCAUUCUUUAGCAUUCCUUUUGCCCCUCAUAUUGAAGAUCUGGUGAUGCUUCCUACUCCAGUGCUGAGGCUGCUGAAUGUGCUGGAUGAUGAUUAUCUUGAGAAUGAAGAGGAAUAUGAAGAUGUGGUAGAAGAUGUGAAAGAGGAAUGUCAGAAAUAUGGACCAGUAGUAUCUCUGCUUGUUCCAAAGGAAAAUCCUGGCAGAGGACAAGUCUUUGUUGAGUAUGCAAAUGCUGGUGAUUCCAAAGCUGCUCAGAAAUUGCUGACUGGAAGGAUGUUUGAUGGGAAGUUUGUUGUGGCUACAUUCUACCCGCUGAGUGCCUAUAAGAGGGGAUAUCUUUAUCAAACCUUGCUUUAAUAAGCAACCUAAGGACUGUUUCCUGUUUCUCCUCUUCCAUUUCCUGGAUCAUUGUAUUCUAUAUCUGAAUGCAGAAGUACCCUUUUAUCAUUUUAAAGGGGUACUUUGUACAUUUAUUUAAUCCUACUAAUGUGCAGUCAUUGCCCUAGCAAUGUUGCAUUACAAACAUUUGGCACCAGGUAGGACAAGACCUCUCAGCUAUACAUUGAGGGGUUGUAGAGCAUCCAUGUGGGCAAUCUUGUUUUGUGCAGUAUGGCAGGUGCUGCUAUUCCAUAUGUAACCUACAAAGACAUUAUUUCAUGUGACCAUGAAGCAAGGAUGAAUAAUAUGUUGUAGUGAAUAUUAUUAAUGAAUUUGUUAAGGUUGGUGGCAUCAAUUACAGAUUAUUCUCUCGUUGUCAGGUGGAUCUUAUUGUUGAAGUCACCUGGCACUGGAUGCUCUGAGUAAUGUUAAGUAAUUGUCAAGCAGCAGUUACCUACUGUGUUAACACUGAGUUGUGAAUUUUUUUAAAGGAGUACUGUAGUCCAUAAUAUUCCUUUAAAGAAACUGCAGUGAGCCUAUCUACAUUUUUAAAUUAUUAUUAAGGCUUUUAAAAUAGCUGAUGCUUGAUCUUGCACAAUUUUUAUGUCUAGUAUGUUUGCUUGAGUGAAUGUGCAGGUGUGAAAGAAAAUUUGAGUCAGUGUACUUUAUAGUGUGAAUCUUGCGAGCUAAUACAGUCUAUACCCUUCUCUUCCCUACCUGUUUCAAACCUGUAAGAUUGAAGAUAUAUGUUUUUUGAGAGUUGAUGUGUCUGAUAGAAUGUAAAUGGCAAAGCAGUUCAUUCCUGAGAGGCUCAGAACAAACUGGAGAAGAGACCAGGGUUACACUGAAACUUUUCAAGUGAUUGGAACAAAGAAGUAGCUUUGGUACAUGUAAAUUAUCCCAUUCUUCAUUGUACUGUAGACCUUUGAUUGGCUCAUCUUUUUUAAUUGAAUCUUCUAUGAUAAUUAUAAAAUUUCUUAAGAUAUAGUUCUACUUAUUAUGAUAGAAAAUUGAAGUAGACUUUAAAAAUUAGAUGUACAAUGAAGGGAAAAGAAAAAAGGCAAAGAGAAUCAUGAAGGAUCCAUCUUUUCUUUUUGUCUCAUGCCUCUCCCUCACUCAUUUUUCCCCUUCCCCCCCCAUUCUCUGUCUCUGUCCUUAGCUGAAGAGAAGCCAGAAGAACAGCAUUCCAAGUGGUCUAACUUUUGACUGUGUGAAAGUAAAGAAAGGUAUAGCUACAAAGGUAGAAGUAGAAAGAAAAGACUCACUUCUUAAAAGGAUUCCUAGCAAUCUAAUGUGUUUCUGAGUAGAGAAUGCCAGUAUACAUGAAUUUGUGGAUACAGGUUGAUUACAUGGUUUUAAGAAUUCUAAGUAUGAAUUCUCACCAUAUGUUAAAUGAUAUGAAGGUAUAAAAGUAAGGAAACCUUUACAAAGCACUGAUUAUACAAAAAAGACAAGUUAUAUAUGUAUGAAUUUUUUCCCUAUUUCCUUACCUGAAUGAAAUUAUUUUUUUCUAAGGAAAAACUAUUUUAUAUCUUCCUGCUGGAAGCCUCCUCAUACAGUCUCCCUUUGUGUGUGCCAUGCAGGUUACUGAUAGCCUGAUUAGAAUUUGCAUGUUCAAACAAUUACUAUUUGACAUUUUAGUUAUUACAGUAAUCAAAAUUUUUAGGACUCUCCCUUAAUAUUAUGAAGCCAGAUUUGGUAUAAGGAGGCUGAUUUAUAAAUUACCAAAGGAUCUUGUAGCAUGGUCCCCAGUAUGUGCCCUUAGAAAGAAGAACUAUUAAUUUUUAUUUUGGCCCAUUUAGGGGUUGAUUGAUUGGUUAAGUCAGAAUUUAAGAGUAGAACCAAUAUUUUGAAGACCUCAUUUUCCUUAAAUAUUUAUAUGGGUAGCUGCUUUUGUGGUAAUUAGAAAUAAUAGAUCCUUAUAUACCUACUGAUAAAUACAAAAUAAAGAUGAAUUUUUUAAGGAGAAGUAUUUGAGGUUAGCACAUGUACCUCUUCCCUCAUACCUUAGGGAAAAGAGAAAUCCUUGCAGAUGAGCUGCAGAUAGGCUUCUGAGCUUAGCCACGCAGUAUGCUGCUAACACUGAUGCUGCACUGCACAACAUUCUUUGAUCACCAUCUUGCAGAUAUACUCAUACAUAUAUGUAGUGUGUAACACUGUAGUAUUGUAUUACAGAAGAUGCUAACUAGAUUUUAAGGGAGCUGAGGGAGAAUUGAUGAGCCUGACUCACCAUGCAUCGAAUUAAAUAUUUUAUAAUAGACCCACAAAAUUGAAAAUAGAUGCCUACUAUGAUUCAAGUUGUCAUUUUAUAGCUUUUAUCCCAUUCUACCAAAGAUGACAUUUGUAGGCUCUUCCUCCUUUAGUUAUCAGAAGUUUAAUCUUAAUGUCUUUCUUAAACUGGAACCAAAUAUUAUUAAAGAUGCAGUUUUCAUGAUUCUUUUAGAAUGGAAUAUAUA